AUCAUCAAAACAUAUUUAUACAAUAAAACCAAUUCCCAAAGAAAAAAAAAACAAAAAAAAAAAAAAAUAUAAAAUAAAGAUGGCAAAGGUUGCAGUUUUCGUUUUGGCUCUCGCAUUGGUACUAUUCGUAUCAGCUCAUUCAGUUGUUAGUGAAGAAAGCUCAAAUCCAAGCAUUUACGAACAAAUCGACAAGGCAGCCGAGGAAGUGAAGGGGGCCGUCCAAGGAGCCACAACCACUGAUUCUGGUGAAAAGAAGAAAGAGGAAACUACAGCUUCACCGGAAAAUGCAAAGGAAAACAAAGGCGAUAACUCCGGCGCAACAUGGGGUGCUUGGUUCAAAAAUAAAUUAGGGGGCCUUGAAGGUUUGAUUUCAGGAAACUCGCAACAAAACCCAUCAUCAGCAGGAGGGCCCGCACAGGCACCAUUUCCAUACGGUGGUUCCGCAAAAGCACCCUCAGCUAAGUCUAAUUAAGAUUUAGCCUGAAGACAUUAGUAGUAAUUCAUAUAUCCUUCCACUUCUUUAAUUUUGAAGGGAUGGAUGUUGGCUAUAUCUAAUUAUAAAUCUUACGGGGGAGCCAUUAUUCAAUUUAUAUGUAUAUUGCUUCACAUUAAUAAAAAUUUCCAAUUUCAUUGUAAUGAUUGCGAUUUUAUUAGUAUCAAUUACGUACUGCCCCUUUAUGGCAUGGGGAAUUGGCGGUCCAUUUUUUGG